AUGCGAACGCAUCCCACGUUUUACGUUGGUCGGCUUAAGCCGUACCAUCAGUCCGCUGCUUCUUCCGAUGAAGAACGCCCUUGCGCUCAAGCAUCUCGCAGAGAGCCUUGUGUUCCCGAUGGUGGACGUCGACAAGGGUCUGAGGAGCAGUUAUCUCAUCCCGAGACUGAUCAACAUUCCGACGAGCUACCCUUAGCUCGUCACGCAGAGACGUCAGAGCUCUCUCGUUCUCAAGCUGAGCAAAAGCAAACUCAUCUCGAUGCCUCAAGACAAAGCUCUCGGGAACACACGCUUACCCACUAUCGUGAGGAGAGCGUCUUCCCUCCUCCUCCACCUACAUUGGAGGACUCUCGCGGUGGCCAGAAAUAUCUGGUUGAGCAGCUGUUGAACCACCGUGACGUGAACGGACGUCAGACGAGUUACCUCGUCCGGUGGCGUGGUUAUCCCCCGUCCUGGGAUACUUGGGAGCCCCGCUCCCAACUGAUGAUUGACGUACUGGGUCUGGUUGAGCAGUACGACGCGGCACGGUCGUAA